AUGCUGCCUUCUUCCAAAAAUAUUCAUGAAAUACAGUGUCUGCAAGUGCAAUUGUGUGUCCGUAUAACACUUCUACUUACUCUGUGUUGCAGGAUUUCCGUGUCCUCUGCCUUUGUCUCGUAUCGCUACUGGUUACUUGUCAGGUUUUGGUACGCUUUCCUUCUAAGCGAGGAAUUUAGGAUGAUCGUGGAUCCAGUAAAUGGAAUGUGCGUGGAUACCAAUAUGCAGUGCCCAGUUUGGGCAAGCACGGGCCAGUGUGCAUCAAGUGCUGUCGUCAUGCGUCGAAUGUGUGCGUUGUCGUGCGGGACUUGUGCUCUAGGCGCAGAAUAUGGAGGUUAUAAAAACCGUGAAAUAUCUUCUUUGGUUGUGCAGAUUGUUGUUAGGAUAUGCAGUAGGAACGAGUCUGGGAUAUGGAGGCUAUGGAAUGACAGCGUUUCCUUCACCACUGCUUGGAAGAAGCAUUUAUGA